UCAUAUUCAUUCUUUGCUUCUUCCUUUUAUAUAUCACGAGAUCCCCAUCUUCUUCUUCUUUUCUCUUUCUCUUUCUCUUUCUCUCUCUAUUAAUUCAUGUACUGUUACCGACUUUUCUCCUUCUAUGUCCUUCCGUUAAAGUUUCCAUUUUUAUAGCUUUUUCAGACAUCCUACUUGCUAUCCCCACAACCACCCAGCUUUUGCUCCAACGAAUUUCUUCAUUUUUAGCAAUGGAGCAUGUUGGGAAGCCGUUUGAUGAAAUGGGUCUUCAGUCACUUCCCAAUGUACUUGAAAACUCAUGUUCUCUUGAGCAGAACAAGCCUGAUUUCAAAGAACUCGAUCUGGGUUCUGCGACUUCAAUCUCCGGAAGCGGUGGUGGUGUGCGUGGAGCUGAGAAAGACCCAUUACGUAGAAGAUCUAAUAGAUCUCAUUCCGGUGAGCUAAAUGCGAGUAGUAUCCCCGCCAAUACUACCCCGGAAAAGCUUCGAUCUGGCUCUGGUGAGUUGAAUCGGAGGGGUGGUCAUCGGAGAGCGUAUUCCACUGGAGCUCCGUUGAUAUAUUCGGGUAGUGGAACCAUCCACUUUACUGGAAGUCCUGCCACCACUACUAGCACUAGCAGCACCACCACUACCACCAACAGUGGUGGCAGCGGCGGUGGUGGCAAUGUAAGUUCAGUAAAUUCUCCCAAUACAAACUUAUACCCAACUGGCAACAUCUGCCCAUCAGGUAAAAUCCUUAAAUCUAAUAUGAAUUCUCGUACACCGACAACCCGACCCGAAAUUGGGGUUGGGUAUGGGUACUGGCAAUUACGGCCAUGGAAGUAUAAUCAAAGGUGGGGGAAGAUCGGUUGAAUCAAAUGGAGAAAUCGGGAUAAUUUUAAAGAAGGCAAUGAUUAGUCAUGAUGUUGAAGAAGUGAAAAACGCUGGAAAUGAGUUGUACAAAAGAGGCAAUUUCACAGACGCUUUAUCUUUAUACGAUCGUGCCAUUACCAUCUCGCCGGAAAAUGCAGCUUGCCGGAGCAAUAGGGCGGCAGCAUUGACUAUGUUGGGGAGGUUUGGGGAGGCGGUUAGAGAAUGUGAGGAGGCUGUGCGGUUGAACCCUGGUUAUCAAAGAGCUCAUCAAAGAUUAGCUUCUCUUUAUCUCCGGCUAGGCUACAUCGAACGCGCCUAUCACCACCUUUCUCAUAGUCAACAAAACGACAUAACCGAGUUACAAAAAUUACAAACUUUGGAAAAACAUAUUAAUAGAUGCGCGGAUGCCCGAAAGAUUGGUGAUUGGAAAGGAGCACUUCGGGAAUGUGAAGCCGCCAUGUUAACCGGAGCAGUGUCGUCUCCACACAUAAUCGCGUGCAAGGCGGAGGCGUUUUUGAAACUCCAUCAACUUGAGGAUGCCGAUUCUACCCUUUCUGAGUUACCAAAAUUAGACCCUUUCCCCUCUUCAUGUGCUAAAGUCAAGUUUUCCGGAAUGUUCUCGGAAGCAUAUGUGCUUUACAUCCGAGCUCAUGUUGACAUGGCAUUUGGAAGGUUUGAAACUGCAGUUGCAUUUGUGGAUAAGGCUGGUUUGAUUGAUUUUGGAAACACGGAAGUUUCGAUGUUAAUAAAAAAUGUGAAAUUAGUAAACCGAGCUCGUACACGUGGCAAAGAUCUUUUCAACUCGGGGAGAUUCACCGAGGCAUGUGUUGCAUAUGGUGAAGGGCUCAAAUACAACUUGUCAAACUCGGUUCUUUAUUGUAAUAGGGCGGUUUGUUGGUCGAAGCUUGGGUUGUGGGAGAAGUCUAUAGAGGAUUGUAAUCUUGCCCUUAACUUCCAGCCAAAUUACACAAAAGCCCUUUUGAGGAGAGCCGCCUCAUAUGCAAAGCUUGAGCGUUGGGGUGAAGCAGUGAGAGACUAUGAAAUUUUGACGAAAGAACUUCCGGGAGAUAAUGAGGUUGCGGAAUCACUAUCACGAGCUCAAGAGGCAUUAAGAUUGACCCGAGGGGAACCUUCGGGUAUCGAUCGCAUUAGAGCUUCAACACAUUCAUGUGAGCCUCAAACUAGCAAUAUCAAGAGUCGCAACCAUUAAGCAUUUUGACACACAUGGCAAAUCUUGUGACACGUCAUAUGCCGAUUUGGUGAUUCUUGUGAAAUCGAGCUAAGUUUACGCCCGCAUGGCAAUAUUCGAUUCUUGACUACCAAUGUUCUCAAGCACAAGUGCAGCAGUACAGUUUGAUGAACAUGUGCCACGUGUACUUCUUUCAAAGUUUCAAGUACCUUCCCUUCAUUUCACCAAGGGAGAAAAGAGGAGAGUUUACUUGAGAUAAAUUCAUAUAUAAUAAGAUUUUAUUUAUUUUCGUACAAAUUAUUGUGGGAACAUUGAAUAUUGUUGAUUCCAUUCCAUUUCAUUUUAUUUUUUAAUAUUUAUUUUGGUUUUCCCCUUUUAUGGGGAAAAUUUAAAUUCUGUAAUACCCUUGUAAGAUCCGAAACUUUCUUUUUUUAUUUUACUUCCACAUUAUAUUAUACCCCUUUAUAUGGUA